AUGCCUUCACUUCAUUGGGACAGAAUUUUGGUUGGAGUCACCUGCUGUGUAGUGACUGUGACCCUUCAGGCACUGUGUAUUUGGUAGCUCCUCAGGUUCAAAGCAGUUAAUUUUUGUGAUUACAGUUCUGAGACAGUGAUCAUUUCUGAAAGCAAUAUAAAAACCUUCUUUAGACAGAUUAUAGUGGGUAAAUAUGGAAUCUGGAUGUACUCCAGAGAAAGGAAAAUUCAUACUUUAAAGCCUCCCCAAAUUCUUAAUUGUAAUGAAAAUCCGGACUCCUUAGCAUCACAGGUUGAAACUGUGAGUUCCAGGAAGGUGUCAGUUAUUGUGAGUAACACUCAAACCCUGAACUCCAUGCCAGACUGACUGACCAGUCAGAACACCACUGCUGCUGCAAACAUCACAGUGCAGAUUAUGAAAAAGCCAAAUGUUUCAGAAGACUUUCAGCCUCACAAAAGCAAUGAGGAAUUUUCUUUGACUGGUAAGAAGAUCUCAUAGUCUGAUAUUGCAAUCCAGUCUGCUCCACUGAAUUUAAGCUCCUCUAUGAUUCUGUUUUUGGCACAUAGAAAUACAGCGCUGGGAAAAUUUCAGUCAACAAAAUCAGAAAUACAGGAAAAUAUUCCUGGGCUUAUUGGUGACCAGAGUACUGAAGUUCAGAUACUGUUCAACAUUUUAAGUAACAGUAAUUCAUCAGACAGUGGCAGAGUUGGAUUUGUCCUGUACCAAAAUGACAAAUUCUUCCAGUCCAGGGUUUAUCAGAGUCUCCAUAGUUUGAUGGAGCAAAAAUGAGUGAUCUCUGGCAACACUGAUGGUGGAGUAGUGAGUAGUGUUAAAAUAGCCUUCAGUCCUAAGUACGACACACCUGAACUGCAGCUGUGAAAUCAUGACUGUAUCUUUUGGGAUUACACUCUCUGGCAAAUUGGGCAAGUUGUGCCCAAGCUGCUGAAUAGCCAAAUAAAUAGGCAAAAAUACAUUUCUUAUAUUGGUGUUGGAUUUUCCAUGGCUGGUCUGGUUAUUAGCAUUUUGUUUCGAAAUUCUAAACUUACCUGCAAAGUGGAUGUUAGUGAGUCUCUUUUUUCUAUGCUCAUUUUUAACAUCACCUUCAUCUCUGGAAUUGAAAACCAAACUUCCAGGAAGUGCAGUAAUCAUACCAGCAGCUGCUGGUAGCAGAUAUACCAGCAAUGCUUUCCUUAUGAUGCUGCCAGUACCACCUUACUCACCUCCAACAUAAUGGAUCCUCCUGCAGACUCCUGGUGCGCAGCUGUGGCUGUUCUACUGCACUACUUCUCGUUGGCAAUAUUUCUGUGGUCAGCACUCAGUUCUGCACUGUUGUACUUAUUGCUGCUCAGAGCCAUGAAGCCACUGCCUGGACCUGUCCUCUUAUCCACGUCAGUAAUCAGAUGGGGAAUCCCUGCCAUAGUAGUGGGAAUAACACUUGCAGCUACUGACAGAGAAGGAAUAGCUCUAAACUGUUGACAGGAAGAACUUUAUUGCUGGCCUGCAGCACUGGACUAAAAUCAGAAUUUCAAAGAGCCCACAUUGUGGUAAUUUCUCUUGCCAGUCGCACUCACAUUCAUGUUUAACAUAUUGAUCUUCACCAGUAUCAGUAUCUCUGUGAUAUAGAAGAAGAUGAAUUUGAUAAGGAAUAAAAAGGAUUCAGUAAUGAAAAAUAUUAGCACUAUCUCUACAGGGCUAGUGCUUGGGAUCACCUGGAUGAUCAGUUACCUCAUGUUAAUAAGUAGUGAAAAAACAAGUCAUGCUUUCAGCUUUCUGCUUUGCAUUUUGAAUGCUACCCAGGAACUUCAGAUUUGUAUUCUGUUCACUCUCAGAAUACCACUCUUCAAGAAAAAAAUUUCCAAAGUGUUUCCUGUUUUCCAGAUACCACUGUAUCUUCAUUCAAAAACACAAAAUCUUUCAAAAUCACAGCUUGAAAAACAUUCACAGGAAACUUUCAAAUCAACCCAAACUUUUUCAGACAAUAUUUUCAUGUCUACCUUCCCUAACCGGAACUAG